UGCCAAUGCUCUAUAGAAACAGCAAUCAUUUGAGAAUAUAAAACAUUGCAACCGAUUGCUGGAUAAAUCAUUAGCAUUUGUUUGUUCAUCGCGUGAAAGUCGUCUGCUGUUCUCUGUACGCAACUGAAUAUAAGAAUAGAAAGAAACAAUAUAAUAUUGUGUGUGAAUAAAGAAAUCGAAAGAGCAGCACGACUUAUUUAUUAUAUUAUAGUUAGCAUCAUUAAAAGAAGAAGAAGAAAAAUUCGUGCAAAGGAACGCAUCUAAGAAAUUUACUUGAUAUUUAUUAUUCUUAAUAAUAAUAAUAAUAAUUGUUUAUAUCGAGUGUCUGUCUCUUAUUCAAGUAAAACCAAAGAGCUCCAUUAUCGUUAAGUGAAGCGUUAUUUUAAUAAUAUUUUUUAUUGUUUUCAUACGCGUGUGAAAUAUAUAUUAAAAUCAAUUUAAGCCAAUAAAUAAUGUGCCAUAAUUCGAUAUUAGAAAACGAGCAAAUCGACAAAUGCGUCGAAAAUGGUAUGCCGCAGAAAAUCAUCAAGACAUUAAAAUUUACAAUGAGGAAGCGGGUAAAGGAAUACAAUACUAAACAGCAUGAGGAAAAAAUUAAUUCAACAACAAAUGUACUGCAUGUGGAUAAUAAUGUUGAAUUGGAUGUAGCUUAUGCUGCCGAAGAUACUCAAUUAAAUAAAGAUUUUGUUGGUAUCGAGUCGUCGUCGUCAUUGUCGUCGUCAUCGUCAUCAUCAUCAUCAUUAUCAUGCAUUGGUGAAUUGAAAAUUCCGAAAAUGUGUGGUCGCUUUCGUCAAGCUCAACUAAAUAAAUUCGAAACACCAAUAACUAAUAUCUCUGAUCAUCAUUAUCAAUCUAAUGGAAUGAUCAAGAAGGCGUCUUUUAACGACGAUCCAUUGGCGAAAGUUACUCAAUCGACUAAAGAGUUUCUAUUACGUUUUCAACGCACUAUCAGGAACAUGCAAACCAGCAAAAUUUAUACAUUGCUGACGAAAACUACACAGCCCGCUCAUAUCAUAGCCAUCUGCAUAUUGUCGUUUGUAUUGCUCGUUGUUUGGCCCGAACUUGUCGAUUGGCAAACGACCAAUCGUGACCUGGACCAAACGGUGGAGAGCCAACGGCACUGGGAGCCGAAAGAAAGAAGACACAACGAGAAUACGAUCGCAUUACUCGUCUAUUUGGGAUCAUUUGCUACACAUUUUGGUGCUCAAAUAUGGAUGACCUUUGUCUCAGGUCUAUCGUUAUAUUUUUCAUUACCUCGCCAUAUGUUUGGUAUGUGCCAGCAAAUACUCUUCCCAAAAUAUUUUGCACUCAACGCGAUGCUCAGUAUUGUUAUGCUCAUACUUUAUGUGAAAUAUUUUUUAACGACUUGGACGUUAACUAAAUGCGUACAGCUUGGCACUUUAGCAUGUACCGGAGCGAUCGAAGUCAUUGUUAGAUUAUAUCUGGCACCUACUUUGCUAUUGUUGAUGCAUGAAAAAUACAAGAUUGAAGGAACUAUUGGUAGCGGCAAAGAAAUUGGUAGCCUUGUACAAGGAGAUUUAGUGAAUUGUCCGCAUUAUCAACGCAUUCACAAAUCUUUUCGUCGCUUGCAUAUGGCUGUUGCUGUUGGCAAUAUCCUAACAUUGGUGGCCAGUUGUCUACAUUUACACUAUCUGGCUGCCCAAAUACACAUUGCCGUUUGAAGUGCAAAUGCAUGCAACUGCCGAUUAUCGUUACGUUAUAGCCGGCAAUCAAUUCAUCUUUAAGAACAUAUUACAUUAAAUGUUAUGAAAUCUUAACCAAAAAUUUUACAUGCAUUUCUAGUUAAGUUAGAUAGACUGUGUUUUUGUGUUAUUUUAACACAUAAAAGCAACCCCCCCCCCCUACACCACCACCCAACUCACUCUGCUACA